AAAGAGCUAUAAAGGCAGUCAGUCAAUCGUGAUUUCUGGAGCUCCAUUAUAUUCCUAGGUCCAGUUUCCCGGGACAGGAUCAAUACGGCACUAACAAGGGAAACGCAGCGCGCAUGCGUCGACGCCAUUGCUAAAACGAAGCGGCUUCAAAAAACAAAACAUUAAUACCAAUAUUAUUAUAAGCGAAAUGUCGCCGGAAAAAGAAAAAGAGCCCGAAGAUGUCAUGGAAUCGAUAGACGAGUUAAAAGAGCGUCUAUCAUCCAUGAAACGUAUGAUGGAAGAACGAAAAGCUGCUGGAUCUGGUACCAAGGACCUGUUCCAAGGUCACGCCCCCAGCCUGGAAGGUACCAAUAUGAUAGAUGGCAGCUUCCUAAGCUUCGUCUUCGGAGGGUCCCUGGUGGUGAUCCUGAGCGUCUCCUUCUAUGCCUUCUAUAACCUUUACCAUGCUGUACUGAAGAAAUUCCCGUCGCCUCACACGGAAUUGUAAAUAGUAGGUAGUUAAAUAAAUUUAUGGUUAAUG